GCUCGUGGGCACCGUGGAAACUGUUGUGCAUCUGGCUGCCAAAGACAACUUCUUCAUGCCCUAUGCGAUUCUUGAAGACAUCCACAUCAAUGGUUUCUUCAACAUUGUUGAGUUUUGCGCAAGCUGCCGGGUCAAAUCGCUUAUGUAUACCUCAUCAUGCUCUGCCCGACUUUAUGGCACCAAGAGAGAGAAGAAUGGAGGCUUGUGGAAUGGCUACACACAGAGUAAGGGCGUUGCGCACAAGAUGGCUGAGGAGGUUCAUCGGCUAGGCUCUCAAGGCCGUUUUAACUGCGUUCCACCAAUCAGUCUGAUCAAUAUCGGUUAUGUCAUAGACCCGAAUGGUGUCCCGGACAUCACCGACUGCCUUGAGACCAUCCUCAAGGUGUGCUGCAUACGAAACGAGUUCCCGGAAGGUGUGAACUACAACAUGGACAUGACUCAGGUGAGCUAUGUGGCCGAGUGCUUUGUCAACAUUGUUUCGCAGCUGCACCGAGGAGGUCAGCCUCAGGCGCAUUCGGAGGAUGCCUGGCUCGAACUCUGGAACCCGCGGCCGUUUCGCUUCAGCGAGAUGAUCGGCUUACUGCAGGAGGGACGAGCUGCUAGGGGCGAAUCGGCGCUGAAGCCUGUGCCGCUGGCGGCCUUUGUCCAGGGUUACAAGCAGACGCUGUUCCACCAUGUGGCUACUGUGGCUGCUAAGUGCAUGUCGAAUUUCUUCGACCACCACUUCCCGAAGGAUGUUCAGAAAGUCCUGGGCUUGAUCCCAAGCCGACUGUGGCAGAACCAAGAUGUGACGACCCCUCCUUCGCUGGAGAGGCGAGGGUGGAAGCGCUAUGCCUAUGCCAUUGACAAGCAGAUGGACCUGUCAGAUUCCUGA